AGUCGCCCCUCUCCCUCGUCGGCCCCUUCUGCUCGUUGCGCUAGAGAUCAGGUCUGAGAUUACGGCAUCGAUCUGCUUGACGAUUUUCAAAUCUGAAAUUUCAGGUCUUCUUUAGAACCAGUUGAAGAUUAUAGAAUAAAAUGAUUCAGCAUCAUAGAAACGGUUUUCAUCAAAGGCCUCAUGAAUAUGAAAUGGAAGACUAUGAAGAAUAUGAGGAGGAAGCUUCUGAGCCUGAUGAAGAGGAACUGGAAGCUCCAAAAUCUACCAAGGAUGAACAAGAUUUUCUUAAGCUGAGAGAACAAUUAAAAGCUAGAUUCAGACAGAAACUGAAAAAACAAAGCGCUGGUGCUCUUGGUCGGCUAUCUCAGACUCAGGACAAAAGAACAGCGACAAAUGACAGAUUUGGCUCCUUUUUUGGCCCUUCACAACCUUCUAUUGCUCCACGAGUUAUUGAAGAAAGCCGAUCUAUUCGAGAAACUAAACAUAUCAUGACAAACUAUUCAAGUUCUUCAACUAAUAAAAGAGAUCCCACGUCUUCUGUACCAAGGACAUCUGCAGAUCACCAAAAUCACCAGCGACCAAAAAUUGUAAAUCAGAUUAAAAAUAAAGCACAGACACUAAAAGAUAUGCGAGACUAUUCCUUUCUACUGUCUGAUGAUGCUGACCUUCCUACCGCAAAGGAGCAGCCUAAACCGAGGAGUGCCUCAUCAGCAACGUCUGGUAUGCACAAGCCUCUAGAUGGUCGGAUGGCUCAAUCAUCAUUAAAGAGCAAAGUACCAACAGGCAAACCUGCUAAAUUAGCAUCUGCCGGGCAUGAACAGAAGAAACCAGCUCUAAGCAAUCAACAUGUACAGAAUAGAGUUGGACAUGUGAAGGAACCCACACUCAACAGACCCAAGUCAUCUUCAAAUGAUUCUCAGAAGGUCUUCGGUGAUGUUAGAAAUGGACCUGGAAGAACUACAGGAAAUAUUGCUUUGAAGGGCAAAGUUCCUAAUCAGAGUACGAUCACAAAUAGGCCUCCUAGGAGCGUUACAAAUGCGCCUAGUAUGAAGAAGAAUGUUCCAUCCGCCAAGACUCAUUCUUCUGCACAGAAUCAUUACUCUGAGCAAAAAAGAUUGCCUCCUGGGAUGGAUCGAGCAAAAACAACAAUGAAACAACCAAUGUCUUCCUCAAAAGCUGAGCCUUCUAAGCAGAACUCAUCACGCGGAGUCCAUAAUGAUCGUCUAAAUCAAAGGCCUGCAAAAAGAAAGUCCAGUGAGGAAGAAGACGUCGAUGAUUACCGCAGAGCGAUCAGAGAAAUGUUUGGGUAUAAUCCUAAUAGAUAUGCUGGGAUGGAUGAAGAUGACAGUGACAUGGAGGUUGGUUUUGAUGUAAUCCAGAAGGAAGAGCGGAUAAGUUCCAAGAUUGCUAGAAAGGAGGACGAGGAGGAGCUUCGCCUGAUCGAGGAAGAAGAAGAACGAGAGAGAAGGAUGAGGACGAAGAAGAAACUAAAACGAAGCUAGCGGUGAAGCGGAAUGAUUAGCAUUUAUCCAAGUCCAUUUGUUGUGGAAUGAUUAGCAUUUAUCCAAGUCCAUUUGUUGCUCUACAUCAUGUGGUAUUGUGAAAGCAAACGAGUCAUUCUAAGAUGGAUGAAUCAAAAGAAAUCUCUUUGCUGCA